GAUGGCAGACAAGGUGACCCCGAGGCAGGUGGCCCGGCUGGGCCGCACCGUGCGGCUGCAGUGCCCCGUGGAGGGGGACCCACCGCCACUGACCAUGUGGACCAAGGACGGCCGCACGAUCCACGGCGGCUGGAGCCGGUUCCGGGUGCUGCCCCAGGGGCUGCGGGUGAAGGAGGUGGAGCGGGAGGACGCUGGCGCCUAUGUGUGCAAGGCCACCAACGGCUUCGGCAGUCUCAGCGUGAACUACACCCUCAUUGUGACGGAGGACACCAGCCCAGCCAGGGAGAGCCCGGGGCACGAGGGCUCCUCCGGGGGCCAGGAGGACCCAGCCAGCAAGCAGUGGGCGCGGCCCCGCUUCACGCAGCCGUCCAAGAUGAGGCGCCGGGUGAUCGCCCGGCCUGUGGGCAGCUCUGUGCGUCUCAAGUGUGUGGCCAGCGGGCACCCGCGGCCUGACAUCAUGUGGAUGAAGGACGACCAGGCCUUGACACGCCCGGAGGCCAGCGAGCACAGGAAGAAGUGGACGCUGAGCCUGAAGAACCUGCGCCCCGAGGACAGCGGCAAGUACACCUGCCGAGUAUCGAACCGCGCAGGCGCCAUCAACGCCACCUACAAGGUGGACGUGAUCCAGCGGACGCGCUCCAAGCCCGUCCUCACGGGCACGCACCCCGUGAACACCACCGUGGACUUCGGGGGCACCACGUCGUUCCAGUGCAAAGUGCGCAGCGACGUGAAGCCGGUGAUCCAGUGGCUGAAGCGCGUGGAGUACGGGGCCGAGGGCCGCUACAACUCCACCAUCGACGUGGGCGGCCAGAAGUUCGUGGUGCUGCCCACAGGCGACGUGUGGUCGCGGCCCGAUGGCUCCUACCUCAACAAGCUGCUCAUCACCCGUGCCCGGCAGGAGGACGCGGGCAUGUACAUCUGCCUGGGCGCCAACACCAUGGGCUACAGCUUCCGCAGCGCCUUCCUCACCGUGCUGCCAGAUCCGAAGCCUCCAGGGCCACCGGUGGCCCCGUCAUCCUCAGCCACGAGCCUGCCGUGGCCUGUCGUUAUCGGCAUCCCGGCCGGCGCCGUGUUCAUCCUGGGCACCGUGCUCCUGUGGCUCUGCCAGGCCAAGAAGAAGCCGUGCACACCCACGCCGCCCCCCCCUGUGCCUGCACACCGCACACCGGCCGCGCGAGACCGUGGUGGGGACAAGGACCUGCCGGUGUCACCGGCCCUCGGCACUGCAGCUGGUGUGGGGCUGUGUGAGGAGCUUGGGGUCCCGGCAGCCCCCCAGCACCUGCUGGGCCCGGGCUCAGCUGCUGGCCCCAAGCUCUAUCCCAAACUCUACACGGACGUGCACACGCACACACACACGCACACACACUCGCACACGCUCACACGUGGAGGGCAAGGUCCACCAACACCAGCAUAUUCACUACCAGUGCUAGGUGGUCCGUGGAUGGGGGCCCAGACACCAUGGGGUGGGAGGCUGGGAGCAGAGGCCACAGAGGGGACACACAGGUGAGGGGCUCUGCCAGCAGCUUGGGCGUCCUUGCAAGGCAUAUGCACCCCCGGCGCACAUACAUACGUGACGUGCCCACACGCAGUCACACUGACCUACCAGACAGUCACCCCACCCUCGGGCCUGCGCCUGUGACCUUGCAGCCGGGUAGCGCCGGGCCUCUUCGUGAGGGAAGCCCUUGGCCUGUGAGGAGGAUUUCAUGGGGGCCACUGUCACCUCCCCAGUCUGGCAGGAGAUCUGAGAGGGACCCUGGCUUAGCAAACCAAAAACUCCCCACCCCUGCCUGCACCUGCCCGCCUGUCUCCCUGCCUUGGCAGGUGGGCGGCUAUUUUUGCCACCACCUGUCCUGGGUGUCCAGGAGUCCACCAGGAGGACCCUGGGCCGGGCCUUGGGCAUAGCAGUCCCAGGCUCUGUCCUGAGGCUGGAGCCUGGCUGGGAGUGACUUGCUCCCCCAGCCUCCCACUGCCGGAGAGAAGGGCCUUGAUAUUUAUAUUUAAGAAAUUAAGAUAAUAAUAUUAAUGAUGAAAGGAGGGCGGGGCCACAGGGACCUGGCCUCUCCCGGGGCCCAUGACCCACCUGGCCUUGUGGCCAUGCUGGGUGUCCACCUCGGGGACCGGCACCCGUUGCCCCACUGCCUGAGGCGGCCCUAGACCUCUGUAAUUUUAUAUAGAGUUUGAGCUGAAGCUUCGUAUAUUUAAUUUAUUUUGUUAAACAAGAAA